AUGCGUGCUCAGGAUGUUGUUAAAAUACUUGCUGCCCUGGCGGUAGCAGUGUCUGCAUCUCCAAUAUCAACAACGCGCCAUGUGGUACACGAAAGUCGAUCGGCCCCUCCAUCAGAUUGGUCCAAGCAAGGUCGCCUACAUGCAACAUCUGCCAUUCCCGUGAGGAUAGGACUUGUUCAACGGAAUUUGCAUCGUGUGGACGAGUUCAUCGACCAGGUCUCGCAUCCAUUCUCCAAUCAUUAUGGCAAACAUUGGUCAGCAGCACAGGUCGCAGAGACAUUUUCGCCCAGCCCGGAGACUGUCUUUGCGGUCAAAUCUUGGUUGCAUGGCUUUGGGAUUGAGCCUAGCCGGAUAAAAACCCCAAAAUCCAGGAAUUGGAUGGAAUUUAAUGCUACAGUGGGGGAGGCUGAAAGCCUUUUAAAAGCUGAAUACCACAUGUACAAUCAUCAUGCUGGUCACAAACAUGUUGCUUGCGAGGAAUAUAGCAUCCCUGCCCACCUCGUGGAUCACGUCGAUAUCAUAACGCCAACUGUUCACUUUGACAAGAAGAUUGGUGCUCCUCGGCGGGCACAAACCCACGAGCGACUGCCUGAACCAUUGUACGAACUUAACAGGCGAGAUGUCCAAACCUCUUCUGGCAUACUUGGAUUUGCAAGUGAUGCGUCAAAUCCAAAGCAGGGCGAUGAGGUGAAAAAUGCUCUGAUGACGCUAGAUAAUUGCGACACAAUGAUUACUCCCCCUUGUCUACAGGCGCUUUACAAUGCUCCAUCUGGAAAGACAGCGGGUAAGAAUAACACUUUGGGAAUCGUGGAAUUUACUCCACAAGCAUUCCUACAGUCUGACAUGGACAUGUGGUUCAAGGAAUUUGCACCUGAUGUCAAACAGAAAACGCCAAAUACGAAUCUAAUCGACGGAGCCAUUGUCCAAAAUACAAGCGAGAGCUUCAGCGUCAAUGGCGAAUCGUCCCUUGAUCUCCAAUGCGCCAUGGCACUCAUCGCGCCGCAACAAGUAACCUUGUACCAAGUCGGUGAUACUGUUGAAUCAGGGAGCUUCAACAACUUCCUUGAUGCUAUUGAUGGAAGCUACUGCACGUUCGAGGGUGGCGGCUCCACGGAUUCAAAUGUAGAUGGGCAAUAUCCUGAUCCACAGCCUGGAGGCUUCCGAGGACCUCUUAAUUGUGGUGGCUCUACUUCAACGAAAGUUAUCUCAAUUAGCUACUCUUCCAACGAAGCCGACUUGACAUCAAAAUAUGUUCAACGACAGUGCAUGGAAUAUAUGAAGCUUGGACUGCAAGGUGUUUCUAUUCUCUACUCGUCUGGCGAUUCCGGGGUAGCUGGAAAUGGCGGAACUUGCAUCGAUCCUCAAACUGGAGCUUAUAACAACGGGUCCACUGGAAAGUUCAAUCCCUCGUUUCCGGGAACGUGCCCAUAUAUCACGUCUGUUGGCGCUACUCAAGUCCUGAACGGGUCCUCAGUCCGCGCACCAGAAAGUGCCUGCGAAAAGGUCAUCUUCUCCGGUGGUGGCUUCAGUAAUGUUUUCCCGAUGGCUUCAUAUCAGAAAAACACCAUGUCGUCAUUCUUUGCUCAGAACAAAAUCCCCUACGGCGCAGAACGAUUCAACAAUUCUCAAACUGUCCGGGGAUAUCCUGACGUGUCUGCAAACGGUGCUAAUUACGUCGUCGCUGUUGAUGGGAAAUUCUCUCUUACUUUCGGCACCAGCGCCAGCUCGCCGACCUUCGCAUCUUUGGUGAACAUGAUCAACGAAGAAAGAUUGGCUGUGGGGAAAGGACCAGUGGGAUUCUUGAAUCCGACGCUAUAUGCAAACCCCCAGGUUUUGAACGAUAUUACUACUGGAGGAAAUCGUGGUUGUGGGACGCCGGGCUUCAAUUCGACGAAGGGGUGGGAUCCGGUAACGGGUCUGGGAACGCCUAAUUACCCCAAGAUGUUGAAGUUGUUUAUGAGCUUGCCUUAA